AUGGCCCCCGAAAUAUCAGAGAAGCCCGAAAAGGCCGCCGACCACCGGACCUCGACCCGAUCAUUUAGUCACGGCGACUCGACCGACGACUAUGCCACGAGUCCCGCCGCCAAGGAUGAAGCGUCGGGAGAGCCUACUGCUGGCAGGCUGGCCAAGCUCGAUUCCAAGGUUAUCGACGCCUCCAAACAGUCAGAUAAUGAUCCGUUUGCGCACUUGCCUGGACACGAGGCCGCCGUUCUCAAGAAGCAAGUCGAUACACCCGACGUGAAGGCUGGUCUCGCUGCCAUCUACCGCUAUUCCUCGACCAACGAUAUCCUCAUCAUGGUCGUGAGCGCGCUAUGCGCCAUCGCUGGCGGUGCCGCACUGCCUCUGAUGACGGUCAUCUUUGGCAAUCUUCAAGGCACUUUCCAGAAGUACUUCCAGCACGAGGUUUCUUACGAUGCCUUCACCAAUUCCAUGUCCUCUCUAGUUCUGAACUUCGUAUACCUGGCAAUUGGCGAGUUCGUCACCAUCUAUAUCUGCACCGUCGGCUUCAUUUACACGGGCGAACAUAUCAGCGCUAAGAUUCGCGAACACUAUCUGGAGAGCUGUAUGCGUCAAAACAUCGGCUUCUUCGACAAGGUCGGCGCUGGCGAGGUCACCACUCGAAUAACGGCCGACACCAACUUGAUCCAGGAAGGCAUUUCCGAGAAGGUCGCCUUGACUCUCACGGCUGUAUCGGCCUUCGUAUCUGCGUUCGUCAUUGGCUUCGUUUUUUAUUGGAAGCUCACCCUUAUCCUGACCUCCGUCAUCUUUGCCAUCUUGCUCGACAUGGGCAUUGGAUCGCGAUGGGUUGUCAAGUACACUAAACACUCAAUACAGGCUUACGCUAUGGGGGGUACCGUCGCCGAGGAGGUCAUUAGCUCCAUCCGUAAUGCUGUUGCCUUUGGUACCGAAGAACGCCUUGCGAAGCAGUACGACUCUCACUUGAUUCGUGCCGAGUACUAUGGUUUCAGAAAAGCCGCCGUACUGGCUGUCAUGAUUGCGGGCAUGAUGUUUAUUGUCUACCUAAACUACGGUUUGAGUUUCUGGAUGGGCAGUCACUAUCUCGUGGAGGGAAUUAUCCCACUGUCCAGUGUACUGAUUAUCAUGAUGUCCAUUAUCAUUGGGGCCUUCAACCUCGGUAACGUUGCUCCCAAUCUGCAGGCCUUUGGUACCGCUGUUGCUGCCGCGGCCAAGAUCUUCAACACCAUCGACCGAGUGUCUCCAUUGGAUCCUACUGCCGAGGGUGGUGAGAAGCUUGAGAAGGUACAGGGCACAAUCCGCCUGGAGAACAUCAAGCACAUAUAUCCGUCCAGGCCGGAAGUCGUUGUCAUGAAGGACGUCACCCUGGACAUACCCGCAGGCAAGACGACUGCGCUCGUGGGGGCUUCCGGCUCGGGCAAGAGUACCAUUGUUGGAUUGGUUGAGCGAUUCUACGAUCCGGUUGCAGGCCAGGUAUUCUUGGAUGGUCACGAUAUUAGCACACUGAACCUUCGUUGGCUGCGGCAACAAAUGUCCUUGGUCAGCCAGGAGCCCACCCUGUUCGGCACCACAAUUUACCAUAACAUUCGAUAUGGUCUUAUUGGCACGAAUUUCGAGAGCGAGUCGGACGACAGACAGAGAGAGUUGGUGAUUGGAGCAGCCAAGAAAGCCAACGCCCACGACUUCAUAUCGGCAUUGCCAGAGGGAUAUGAGACCAACGUUGGCGAAAGGGGCUUCCUCCUAUCUGGCGGCCAGAAACAACGAAUUGCCAUCGCUCGCGCUGUUGUGUCUGACCCCAAAAUUCUUCUUCUCGACGAAGCCACGAGUGCUUUGGACACCAAGUCCGAAGGCGUUGUCCAAGCUGCUCUGGAGGUCGCUUCAGAAGGUCGGACGACCAUCACCAUCGCUCAUCGUCUUUCGACCAUCAAAGACGCCCACAACAUUGUUGUCAUGACUCAGGGUGCAAUCGUCGAGCAAGGGACCCACGACCAGCUGCUUGAGCGCAAUGGCGCGUACUACAAUCUAGUCACAGCACAAAACAUUGCUGCCGUCAACGAGCUGACAGCAGAGGAACAAGAGGCUAUAGAUGCUAAUGAAGAGAAACUCAUGCGUAAGAUGUCUAGCAAGAGCGGUGCUGUGGGCUAUAUCGAGGAUCCCGAUGACAACAUCAACGCAAAGAUGAAUCGAUCAACAACGCAGGGAUCCGCCUCGAGUAAAGCUCUCCAAGGGCGCCAGCCAGAGGAGGAAAAGAAGUACGCAUUGUCGACCUUGAUCAAGCUCAUCGCAUCGUUCAACAAACAGGAGUGGAAACUCAUGGUAUGGGGUUUGUUCUGGUCCAUCAUCUGUGGACUUGGCAACCCAACUCAGGCCUUCUUCUUCGCGAAGCAGAUUCUGACGCUCAGUGUCCCUGUCACCCCUGUGAACAGGACGGAGAUCAAAAGCAACAGUGAUUUCUGGAGCUCCAUGUAUCUCAUGUUGGCCUUUGUUCAGUUCAUUGCUCAGAUCGGGCAAGGCGUCGCCUUUGCCCGAUGUUCUGAGCGCCUUAUCCAUCGUGUAAGAGAUCGGGCUUUCCGCACCAUGCUUCGCCAAGAUGUCGCUUUCUUCGAUAAAGACCAGAACACUGCUGGUGCCCUCACUUCCUUCCUAUCGACAGAGACGACACACGUAGCGGGUCUCAGCGGUUCCACUCUUGGGACGCUGCUGAUGGUCACGACAACGCUGGUAUCUUCCAUGGUAUUGGGAUUGGCAUUUGGCUGGAAGCUAGCUCUUGUCUGCAUCUCCACCGUCCCCGUACUGCUGGCGUGCGGGUUUUUCCGUUUCUACAUGUUGGCACACUUUCAGCGACGGUCCAAGAAGGCUUACGAAAAAAGCGCUUCUUACGCUUCCGAAGCCAUCUCGGCGAUUCGAACUGUUGCAUCCCUGACUCGCGAGGCUGAUGUUCUUGCACAGUACAAGCACUCGUUGGCUUUACAGCAGCGAUCCAGCUUAAUCUCUGUCCUCAAGUCUUCCUUGCUUUACGCAGCCGCGCAGUCAUUCCUAUUCCUGGCCUUUGCCCUCGGUUUCUGGUAUGGUGGCACACUCAUCGCCAAAUUCGAAUAUGACCUGUUCCACUUCUUCAUCUGUUUUAUGUCCGUCAUUUACGGUGCACAAUCAGCCGGUAUAGUCUUCUCCUUCGCGCCCGACAUGGGCAAAGCACAUCACGCCGCUGGAUCGCUGAAGACAUUGUUCGACCGGAAACCAACCAUAGAUACCUGGUCAGGAGAUGGUGACAAGCUGGACGUGGUUGAGGGGACCAUUGAGUUCCGCGAUGUCCACUUCCGAUACCCGACUCGGCCAGAACAGCCCGUUCUACGUGGACUGAACCUGACCGUUCGUCCUGGCCAGUACGUCGCUCUGGUCGGCGCAUCGGGCUGCGGAAAGAGCACUACAAUUGCUAUGCUGGAACGGUUCUACGACCCGUUAGUUGGCGGGAUAUACGUGGACGGCAAAGAGAUCAGCUCGUUGAACAUUAACGAAUACCGAUCAUUCAUCGCUCUCGUCUCUCAAGAGCCAACACUUUACCAGGGAACCAUCAAGGAGAACAUCACCCUCGGUUCCGCACGCGACACUGUCACCGACGAGGCCAUCGUGUUCGCCUGCCGGGAAGCCAACAUCUACGACUUCAUCAUGUCGUUACCGGACGGCUUCAACACGGUAGUCGGCACCAAGGGUGCUCUGCUGUCUGGUGGUCAGAAGCAGCGUAUCGCCAUCGCGAGAGCGCUGAUCCGCGACCCCAAAAUAUUACUCCUGGACGAGGCGACGAGCGCAUUGGACUCGGAAUCUGAGCACGUGGUGCAGGCCGCGCUGGACAAGGCCGCCAAGGGACGCACGACGAUCGCUGUCGCGCACCGUCUGAGCACGAUCCAGCGGGCCGACAUCAUCUACGUCUUCGACCAGGGCCGGAUCGUCGAGGAGGGCACGCACUCCGAGUUGAUGCGCAAGAACGGCCGGUACGCCGAGCUCGUCAACCUGCAGAGCUUGGAGAAACACCAGUAA